AUGAUUGCUCCUCUCCGCUCUGCUCUGCGACCCGCCGCUGGCCUGCUCCGGUCUGCAUGCAUCGCGCCCCGGGCGAGCCCCUCCUACUCCGCCUUCCGUUAUCUCUCCACACGCUUUACGACCGACCACGAGUGGGUCAAGUUUGACCCGGCGACCAAUGAGGGUACUGUCGGCGUGACCGACUAUGCCCAGAAGGCACUGGGGGACGUGGUCUUCGUAGAGUUGCCGCAGAGCGGGACGGAGAUUGCGCAGGGAGACUCCAUCGGCGCCGUCGAGUCCGUCAAGGCCGCCUCGGACAUUUACGCACCCGUCUCGGGCAUCGUCACUUCAGUGAAUGAAGCUCUGGGGGAAAACCCGGGUCUUUUGAACAAGUCGCCGCAGGCUGAUGGAUGGCUCUGCAAAAUCAAGCUCUCGGACCCCGCAGAGUUCGAGACAUUGCUCGACUCAGAGGCGUACAAGGCGCACUGCUCAGGUGCAUAG